CAAGCACUGAGCAGAGUUUCAGUUUUGGCAGAAGCAUCCAGUGCCCUGCUGGCAGCUUCCUGAGAGGCAGGGGUUAGGGACCGGCUGCCCCUGAAACUGGAUCAGCGGGAGAGAAGGAAGUGGCUGAACGUCUCAGGGGAAGUCAGCCCGGGCAGCACAGCCCCCUCAGGACCCACCAGCAAUGACGCUCUUCUUGCUCACCUGCCUGCUGGCUGCCUUUCCAGUGGUCUCCAUGAAGAGUCCCAUAUUUGGUCCCCAGGAGGUGAGUAGUGUGGAAGGUAACGCAGUGUCCAUCACGUGCUUCUACCCACCCACCUCUGUCAACCGGCACACGCGGAAGUACUGGUGCCGGCAGGGGGCCAGCGGCCGCUGCACAACCUUCAUCUCCUCCGAGGGCUACGUCUCCAGCGACUACGUGGGCAGAGCCAACCUCACUAACUUCCCAGAGAACGGCACAUUUGUGGUGGACAUUGCCCGACUAUCCGGGAAUGACUCUGGGCACUACAAAUGUGGCUUGGGCCUCAACAACCGAGGCCUGUCCUUUGACGUCAGCCUGAAGGUCAGCCAGGAUACCGGGCUCCUAAAAGACGCUGAAGUCCACACAGUAGACGUGGGCAGAACAGUGACCAUCAACUGCCCUUUCAAGUCUGCGAAUGCUCAGAAGAAGAAGUCCUUGUGCAAGCAGCUAGGCCAGAACUGCCCACUCAUCAUCGACACCAAUCAGUAUGUGAACCCCCAAUAUAGCGGCAGAAUAAGCCUUACGAUUCAGGGUACCAGUCAAUCAGUGUUCACCGUCACCAUCAAACAUCUCCAGCUCAGCGAUGCUGGGCUGUAUGUCUGCCAGGCCGGGGAUGAUUCCAGUGCGGAUAAGAAGAACGUCGACCUCCAAGUGCUUGAGCCCGAGCCUGAGCUGGUUUAUGGGGACCUGAGAGGCUCAGUGUCCUUUGACUGUGCCCUGGGCUCUGAGGUGGCAAAUGUGGCCAAAUUUCUGUGCCGGGUGAGCAAGGGGGGAAACUGCGAUGUGGUCAUCAACACCCUGGGUACGAGGGAUUCGUCCUUUGAGGGCAGGAUCCUGCUCACCCCCAAGGACAAGAACGGCGAAUUCAGUGUGCUGAUCACAGGCCUGAGGAAGGAGGACGCCGGGCGCUACCUGUGCGGGGCCCACUCUGACGGGCUGCUGCAGGACGGCUGGCCCAUCCAGGCUUGGCAGCUCUUCGUCAAUGAGGAGACCGCGAUCCCCCGCAGCGCCUCUGUGCUGAAGGGCGUGGCAGGCGGCUCGGUGGCCGUGCUCUGCCCCUACAACCCGAAGGAAGGCAGCCUGCUCAAGUACUGGUGUCGCUGGGACGGGGCGCAGAGCGGCCGCUGCCCCCUGCUGGUGGAGAGCGAGGGGCCGGUGCGGGACGAGUACGCGGGCCGGCUGGCGCUGCUCGGGGAGCCUGGCAACGGCACCUACACCGUCAUCCUCAACCAGCUCACCGCGCAGGACGCCGGCUUCUACUGGUGCCUGACCAACGGCGACACUCGCUGGAGGACCACUGUGGAGCUCAAGGUUAUUGAAGGAAAACCGAACCUCAAGGUACCAGAGAAUGUCACUGCUGUGCUGGGAGAGUCCCUCAAGCUGCCCUGCCACUUCCCGUGCAGAUUCUACUCCCAUGAAAAAUAUUGGUGCAAGUGGAGCAACAGGGGCUGCCCAGCCCUGCCCACCGAAGACGAAGGCCCCAGCCAGGCCUUUGUGAACUGCGACCAGAACAGCCGGAUCGUCUCCCUAACCCUGAACCCAGUCACCAAGGCAGACGAGGGCUGGUACUGGUGUGGGGUGAAGCAGGGCCAGCACUAUGGAGAGACAGCCGCUGUCUACGUGGCAGUUGAGGAGAAGGUGCAGGAGUCCCACAACAUCAGCCCAGCAAACGCAAAUGCUGCUACGGAUGAGGAGGUGGUAGAGCCGAGGGUCAGGGAGACUGAGAACAAAGCCGUUCAGGACCCCAGGCUUUUUGCCGAGGAAGGAGUGGUGGAGGAUGUGGGAGACCAAGCCGAUGGGAGCAGUGCGUCUGCGGAUACCAGCAGCUCUGAGGGGAAAGGCGGGAGUCACAAAGUGCUGCUCUCCACCCUGGUGCCCCUGACCCUGGUGCUGGCGCUGGGCGCUGCGGCUGUGGGGGUGGCCAGAGCCCGGCACAGGAAGAACGUGGACCGGGUUUCCAUCGCAAGCUACAGGACAAACAUUAGCAUGUCGGACUUCGAGAAUUCCAGGGAAUUUGGAGCCAAUGACAACAUGGGAGCCUCUGGGGUCACUCAGGAGACUUCCCUCGAGGGAAAAGAUGAGUUCAGCACCACCACUGAGAGCACCACGGAGACCAAAGAACCCAAGAAGGCAAAAAGGUCCUCCAAGGAGGAAGCCGAGAUGGCCUAUACCGCCUUCCUGCUCCAGGCCAGCCACGUGGCCGCCGAGGCCCAGGACAAGCCCACGGAAGCCUAGGCCGUGCCGCUGCCUCUCCCUCCACCUGUAACAAUCACCUGCAGAAUCACGAUGAUCCUUGGGGCCCUCACUCCAGGGGACUCCACUGCCUGCACUCACACCCACCUAGGCUUUUCCCACCUGUCCGCAGAGGCGUGCCGGUCCCCUCCUCAAUGGCAUCAAAGCCUGGCCUGACUGCUCCUGUUGGGCUGGGUGGCGUGAGGCGUUCCACCCGCAGCUCAUUUCUAGCGGGAGACCCUCAGGCACAGAGAACACGGUCCUCGUGGGGCCUCCCACCGAGGAGCUGAUUUCAGAAAGGACAGAAAUUUGCAGCCUCUCUGCACCCUUAUGAUGGGAUGUCAGUGGGAUUUUCCGCUCCACUCCAUCCCCCCCUCCCCUCCUUUCUCUCUUCUUCUUUCCUUCAUUCAAAAGACGUGUUUGAAUACUUAUCAGAACCCAGGUGCCCUGGUAAAUGCUGAGACAGACAUGCCACAAACCCCGCUCACGGCACUUCUGUAAACAUCACGGAGGGAACCAAAGCUCCUCUCACGGUAUUUAUGCUCACUAAGGCCUGAAAUCCUCACCAGGUGUGCUCACCUCCGCCCUUCUUGGGAGACAGCAUAAAAUACCUGCAGCCCUGAGGCAUUAGGGGUCGUGUACGAUGGGCACAUGCACAGGUAGUUAUAUGCACACAUUCUUACCAUUUCACAGGUGAGAAAAUUGAGGUUCUGGGAGGUGAAACAUUUUUCUCAAGGGCACCCAGUGAGAUAAGCUAGAUAUAGCAUCUCCUGUCCUCUUGGCCGGGGGUCUCUCGACAAGAGCCCCUGCUCCCUUGGAGGCAGAGUCUUGGAAUAGAAGACAGAGGAGGGAGAAGAGAAAAAUGAAGUGAAGACUGAUCUUUCCCAGGCCCCAGCUCAGGGCAAAUGAUCCUUUUUCCCUUCCUGCCACUCACAUGGACCUAAGACUAAAGAACGGCCAAAAACCCUCACAACCCCUCACAGUUGAGAAGUUCCAAGUAGAAGGGAAGAAAAGAAGGUGUUUGAUGGUGCCAGGAAGGGACUGCUCUCCAAAGAGCUCAAGUUUAAUGUCUUUUUCCCUCUAAGUUCUGUCUUUCAACCAGCACCUACAAGCUGGCACUUGCUAACGAAUCAGAAAUGUGACUUAAUGGAUAAUUAAAGAUGAUGAUUGCCACCAA